AUGGCGGCGGCGGCGGCGGUGGCGAUUUGCCGGCCAUCCUCCUUCUGCCUCUCUUUCUCCUCCCACCGCCGCCACCCUUCCUCCGCCGCCGCCUUAUCCCUCAGCCGGCGGUGGAGGAAGGCGGCGGGCGGCUGCCGCGCCGCCCUGGCGGAGGAUCUCGGCCGCCGAUCCUCCCCCUCCGAGGACAGAUCCAGGGACCAGGAGGCGCUGCUCCCCAACGAAGCGGCGGCGGCGGCGGCGGCGCCCACUGAGGCGACGGCGGCGGAGGCGGCGGCGGCAGAGUACGAUUGGAGAGAGGAGUGGUACCCUCUGUACCUGACGGCGGAGAUGCCCGAUGACGCGCCUCUGGGCCUCACCGUCUUCCACAAGCAGCUCGUCGUCUACAGAGACGGUGGCGGCGUCAUCCGCUGCUACGAGGACCGCUGCCCCCACAGGUAAAGCACAAAACCACAAGAGCGAGACCCCUCCAACCUCCUCCUCCACCUCCUCGCUAGAUUUCAGAUCAAACCCUGCACAGGUUGGCGAAGCUCUCGGAGGGCCAGCUGGUCGACGGCCGACUCGAGUGCCUCUACCAUGGCUGGCAAUUCGAGGGCGACGGCCGUUGCGUCAAGAUCCCCCAGGUUCCAGUCCCUCCCCCCCCAUCUCCCUUCCUCCGUCUUCCUCCUUCCUGCAUCCUUUUUCAUGGACUAGUUCGUUGGAUCUGUAAUGGUGGUUGCAGCUGCCGGAGGGAGCGAAGAUCCCGCGCGCGGCCUGCGCGAAGACGUACGAGGUGAGGGACUCGCAGGGGGUGCUGUGGGUGUGGAUGUCAGAGAAGAACCCGCCGGAGGAGGAGAAGCUACCCUGGUUCGAGCACUACGCCCGCCCCGGCUUCCGCGACCUCUCCACCAUCCACGAGCUCCCAUACGACCACUCCAUCCUCCUCGAGAACCUCAUGGACCCCGCCCACGUCCCCAUCUCCCACGACCGCACCGACUGGACCGCCCGCCGAGAAGACGCCCAGCCCCUCGUCUUCUCCGUCUCCGAGCGCUCCCCCCGCGGCUUCGCCGGCAGCUGGCACCGCCACCGCUCGCCGGCGUUUGUGAACCAACUCCGCUUCUCCGCCCCCUGCGUGCUGCAGAACAACCUCGAGUUCGUGGACAAGAAUGGCGUCAAGCAGUACUUCUCCGCGCUGUUCCUGUGCCGCCCCACGGGGCAGGGCAAGUCCAUGCUCAUCGUCAGAUUCGGCAACUCCACUAACUCCUUGCUGGUAAAGUUGAUGCCCAAGUGGUUCCUCCACCAGAACGCCGGCAAGGUGUUCGAGCAGGACAUGGGGUUCCUCUCCUCCCAGAACGAGGUGCUCAUGAGGGAGAAGAAGCCCACCGGGGAGCUGUAUCUGAACCUGCGGUCCUCAGACGUGUGGGUGGCGGAGUACCGGCGGUGGAUGGACAGCGCCGGCGCCGGGAUGCCGUACUAUUUCGGGCACAGGACCUUGAGCUUGCCGGAGCAGCCGGCGGUGGUGGAGCAGGCGGCAGCGGGGAUGGUGGCGGCGGCAGCUGCGGCGGCGCCGGCGAAGGGAGGGGUGGGGACGAUCCACGCCCCGAACCUGGUGAAUCGAUAUUUCCGGCAUGUGGUGCACUGCAAGAGUUGCAGGAAGUUGCUGGGUCGGCUGGAAGUGUGGAGGAGGGCGAUGGUGGCUUUGGCGAUGGUGGCGGUGGCCGCCGCCGUGGUGGCGGCGGCGAGGGAGUGGAAGGGGAUCUUGCUGGGUUUGGCGGGGGCGAGCCUGGCGGUGGCCUACGCUUGCUCCGCCGUGGUUUCACUCAUGACCACCAACUUCGUGAGGACCCACCGGAGGUUGUGA